AUGUGCAACAGGAGACAUCCAUGGGAAUGCCGAGCUAGGGCGUUGUCUGCUAUUGGUGUGAGUCCUGAGGAAUAUGAGAAACAUUUGAGAAUAGUUCUUCAAGUGCUUAGAGAAAAACGACUGUAUGCAAAGUUCAAGAAAUGUGGAUUCUGCUUGAAAGAGAUUACUUUCCUUGGACACGUGGUAUCUAGGGAUGGCAUCUCUGUGGAUCCAAGCAAGAUUGAGGCAAUAGUGGACUGGUUGGACAUCUUAAAACAAGAGGAAUCACUCGCGCAACGUCAGCCUAGUUCUCAAAAGUACCAGCAGCCACAACAACAAAUGCAUGAUGUUCUCCUCGAGAUAGAAGAGACCACCAUUACUCCGAGAAGCAAGAAAGAAGUUACCCAACCUGAGAUGCUCAUCGCCGGAGACCUAGUUGUCCCAGCACCAGAAGUUAUGGCCGAACUAGGUGAAUUUAAAGAAAAAUCAGAGGAAACGGGCCUAGAAGCGGAGUAG